UUUCCUCUCCUGCAAGGAAAGGCCGAGAGAAUUGGGAUUGUUCAGCCUGAAAGAGAGGCUUCUUCAGGAUGAACUAAUUGCAGCCUUACAGUACCUGAAGGGAGCUCACAAGAAAGAGAAGGACUUUUUUUACAAAGGCAUGUAGUGACAGGACAAGGGGGAAUGGAUUCAAACUAAGAGAGAGAAGAUUUAGAUUAGAUAUUUGGAGAAGUUCUUUGCUGUGAGAAUGAUGAGGCUCUGAAACAGGUUGCCCAGAGAAGCUGUGGAUGCCCCAUCUCCGGAAGUGUCCAAGCUCAGGUUGGAUGGGGCUCUGAGCAACCUGGUCUAGUGGAAGGUGUCCCUGCCCAUGGCAGGGGGCUGGAAUUAGGUGAUCUUUAAGGUCCAUUCCAACUCAAACCAUUCUGUGUUUCUAUAAUAUUAGAGAUGUUGGAUUCAUAACCUAGAGAGAGUCAAUAUAGACAAAACCAAAGAGAACUAGUUCCCGUCAGGCACUUCACAACACAAAAAACUGCUCUUUGUACAGCGUGUUAAACUCCACAGAGAAACUGCCCAGGCUUUCACCUUAAUGUUGGCAGCUAAUACUUGUAUUAAAAUUUUAUCCCUAAAGAGGUUGGAAUUCGGAAAAAAAGUGAUAUAGAGACCAGUGAAAAACAAAUCUCAGCAGAAAAUUGAAUUCUUCAAUUGUAUUCGCACGUGGGCAGAUGCAUUGCUCACUUACACAAUGCAGCAGACAUUACUUUUUUUCACUGAAACCAAGGCUAAUGCAAGUAGUGUAAAAGAGGGCACCCGCUACGUGACAAGACGUAGCACAGAGAUAAACACAAUUAGAAGCCUGAGUUAUCUGUCCAGAGAGAGAACACGCCCUGCAAACGUUUUCCUAUAUCGAUCUACUUAAAGAAGAAGAAAGAACGUGCUUCUUAUUUCAUCCCAUUCACCUUGGUUUUCUCCGUGAUAAAAACACUCAGCCACACACCCACAGAGGAGCUCAGAGAGACAACGAGACGAGGGAGCUCAAACAAUUCCCAACCGAGCAAUUCCCAGGCUGACCUCCAGGCCCACCACAGGCGCUCCCAGAGGAGCAUGAGGGACUGUGGCAGGCGGGAACGCAAAUCCCGCAAGGAGGAACAGCUGCGAGCCCCUCAGGCCCAGGCGUGCGGCCACGGCCGCGGGCUGCUCUUACCGGCGUCCUCCCGGCGCAUGGCCCGCUCCAGCUGCUUCAACUCCCUCUCCACCGUGAGGGCCAGAUCCCGCAGCUUGCCGAAGAAGCCCCCGGUUACGUCCAUGGCUCCGGGCGGGGGAAGCGGGACCGGGGCGGCCCCGAGUGAAACGAAACCGAACCGAACCGGGCCGGGCUGGGCAGAGCCGCGCGCGCCGCUGAGGGGCUUCAAACUGCCGCCAGAGCGAGCCCCAUUGGCUCCGCUGGGCCCCGCCCGCCGCCGCCGCCUCUCGCGAGAGCCGCGCUCCUCGCCCGCCGCCAUCUUGGCUCCUCCGGGGGGCCGCCGCCGCCGGAGCUUCCCGGCAAAAUGUUUUUAACAACAGUAUUACUGCGGAAGAGAAUUCCUGGAAAACAAUGGAUUGGGAAGUACAGGCGACCAAGACAGGUUACCAUUUCCAUGAAGCAAGCAAUGAUCCGAAGGUUGGAAAUUGAAGCAGAGAACGAGUAUUGGCUCAGCCAACCUUACCUGACACAGGAACAGGAAUACAAACACAACACGGAAGAGAGACGUGCCAAGUGGGAAGCUUUCAAAAGCCUGAAACAAGCCAAGUUUCCUGAGCACAGAUACAUCAGCGAUCAUUUAAACCACUUAAAUGUGACAAAGAAGUGGACAUGUUGAGUAACACAGCAUGUUUAUAUUUGGCACAUGUUGUGCACUACCCUGGGAUCUGCUCUCAUACCUGUUAUGGUAUUUCACUGUAAUUAGCGUGGGUGACAAAUAAGAUGUUGCUGUGUGUACAAAAUACUACAUUAAAAGUAGUCCUCUGGAA